CUCGACUGCGAUUCACUUGUAGUCUGUUACACUGUCUAAACUCCGUGUAGCGCGGCAAUUUGUCUGAAGCGGGCAACAACCCAAACCCCUCGAUUCAUCAACAAAUUGAUCUCCCAUCGUCGCCCGACCCGUCCACGCCGGUACUUGCUGCACCAGAGCACCGUGGCUGUUCCCGGCAUCAUAGCAGCAGUAAGAGCUAACCCCAAGAACAGUCUUUUGCCGCCAGCAAGCAAAUCUCUCGGUCAAGGAAAGCGCUUUCCUCCAGUCGCUGCCAUGAGCACUCCCGAAGCCAUGCCCGCGAGCACGACGCCUGCCGUGGAGAGCAACGAGGCCGGGGAAGGCUCUGGCCUUCUGGCCAAAGGAAAGCGCAAGCUGCUGGCGCUUGGUAAGAAGGCGGAUAGGCAGGCGCAAGACAAGACGGCAGCGACAGGCGCCGCGCGCUCGCCCACAUCGGCUCCAACACUACUCCCAUCACCACCUCUUACCACCUCACCUCCACCAGACCGCCGUUCCCCCCGUGGCAGCCCACGCAUCAACCCCGCAGGCAUCAGUGCCUCCCCAAAUCGCCGCAUUCGCUCAACUUCGCCCGGCUUGCAUUCGCCAGCAUCCUCGCAGAUCUUCGAGCGCAAUGUGCAGGAGCCCGAGCCUUCGCCUGCCAUACCGGCGCACAUCAAGACUGAAGACCAUAUACCAGCAGCGCUAGAUGCUUCGUCGCUGGCAAUUACGGAUGACCAUCUGAAUCCCGACGAGGUGGAGAUUGUGAUGCACGCGGCCCAUCAACCUGCUUCGGCGGCUGUGGCGGGAAGCAUGGCGGAAUCGGUACAUUCGCCCUCGCUCAUCCACGAGGAAGCGUCUCUGUUCAGCCACCCUGACGCGUCCGAAUCCGCCUCGAACGCAAACUACGGGUCUGUGGACACGACUGACCCUCGGCGCUUGUCUUUCAUCUCCUUUGCAGACGUCGUGCAGGCCGAGCACGCCGAGACAGACCGGGAUGCCGCGCAAUUCAUCAGCCUAUCUGCGACAGCCAAUCGCUCACCAUCGCCCGUACGCUCGCCUGUGUCGUCCCACGGGUUUGGCGCAUCUCCACCAAGAAGUGGUGCCACGUCGGAGAAGGGCCUAGGCAGCCCUACAGCUCCUGGAACGCACAGUCCUCCUCUGGGAGGCGGCGGAGAACUGCAGAUCGAGACGAUGCGCCAGGCUCUGCGAAGGACAGGCUCAGGCGAUCUCAGCGGAGCACGGUCGCAGCCACUGAGUGCUAUCAGUUUGGAGGAGACGGCUGCUGACCGGCCACCGUUCAGAUGAGCGCAUUUCACAUUACAUGUGUUGGGAUGUCUGUGUCAACGGCGUGGCCGAAGGGCUUGGGAGCAGAGACUGUUAAUCUUACGCGCUAGUCAAUAGCGGAGCGUUGUUCUCGGAGGGGCUGAUUGCGAUAUCCCGGAGUUUCUCAGCUGGAUGUAGUUUUGCGUGUCAAGGCCUGCGGUUCGUGUUAUUAUGAUUUUCUUCGACUGCGGCUGUCCCUUGCAUUGUGGAUGCGUGAAGUGCUCGACGAUGCCCUUGGACGACAGCAUCUGCGAGAGGGUGCGCAGCUGUCUUUGGCACGAGAAGCCGUCGGGAAAGCAGCACCAUCUGCGUGCUAUCAGCCCGAUACCAGACCUUCACGAAACUUAGAGAGCUGCACAGUGGAAGGAGCAUGUUUGCCACUGCAGGAUGUGGUUAGUCUUAGGUAGCAUGUAACCGGAAGCGAGCGUG